AUGAAUGCGCUUGUGCAGUCCUCCCUGACCGAUGUUGAGUCAAAGCUCAAUACUCUCUUGAAGCACCUCACAACCUCCCCGGGUGCAGCUGGAGCGCCGGCCGCGGCGGUUGCCCUGCUGGAGGCUGACGACACUCUAUCCUCAUCCAUCGAGAUUCUUCGACGCCACCAAGAGAAUUACGCGAAGCUCCUUCAACUGCGGUCCGAGGCGGAGCAAUUAGAGGAGCGUGUCAAGAUUAUUGUGAGGGAUCUUGAAGGGUUCGACAAGGAGAUCCGAACGGUUUGCGACGACGACGACGACGAAGAGAUUGACAGCGACCUGAAUUCGGAAGACGAAGGCGAGGCGGCAAAGAGCCAGGCAGCCACUCGCAAAGAGAUUGACUACCGACUGCUCCUGGACUUUGCGCGUCGCAUCAGCAAAUACAACCAGGAAGCCGCGGCAGAUGCUGCCAAUGGUACCGAAAUGCGGCAUCGCCAGGAAUCGCGACCGCAGAUCGCGGACAAGGAUGUGACGAUGACCGGGCUCAAUGGGGAGCCGAGCGCAGAGGAAGACGCGGAGCCAGUCUCAUCGGUCACAAAGAAUGCGACACAGUGGCUGGACGAUUCGGCAAACGUCACGCGUGAGGUGAACAUGUUGCCAUACCCGAUGGAGGAACGGAUACGGUUGGGCUUGAUGGGUCGGAUUCAGCUCGCCGCAGGCAAUGACCCUGAAAAGGAGGUGGAACGGUUGAUACGCGAGGCAGAGGGCCUUGGAGUAGUCACAGAAGCGCCGGCACCCGUUCAACCAACAGAUACGAGGCAGGACGAGGCCGCGAAAGCUGCAGCCCAAGCCGGCUCCUCUGCUGCAGGUCCGAUAAUGCCAUCGAGGACAGCACCAGGAGCAGCGCCAGCGCCAGCACCGAAGCCUAAACCGAAGGCCACUCUGGACCUCGACCUUUAUGAUCCCGACGAUGACGAUUUUUGA